UUCAGAUCGAUUUUGGACUUCGGUGUGGACGAGACGAGCCUCUAUGCCCAAUUGGAGUUCCGUGAGCGUCGGUCGUGCGUUCGGAUAACGGCUUUUCAAAUGGACACAUAAUUUUUAAUUAAGUAACGUUACCAAGUGGAUCUAAUAACAAUCGUGUUCUGUGUGUGUGAAUGUGGAAAUAAAAACUCUGAUUACAGAUUCAAGUGAAAAAUAUAAAAACCCUGAGAUAAAGCAAGUUACAUUAAACAACCGCAAAUAAUUGCAUAUUUGCAGCUAAACAAACAGAAAGGCAUAAAAUCCAAGUGAACGGUUCUUAAGCGCGCUCUCCAUUUUGCCAACAAGAGUGUGAAGGGAAACAACGAUCAUAACGGUUCGCGCGUACAAAAACCAAAAACCAAAUGCUGGCCCCAAAAGUAUUGCCGUAUAGAAGCUAAAAACACAACAAAAGUGUGCUGUGCCAAUUAAAUAACUAAAGGAUUAUUGCGCGGGUGAUCAUCGAUCGCCUAACAACCGGAAUAUUUGAAAUAUUAGUGACAUUCUAGAAGAGCAAACCACUCCGCUUCAAUGCAACUGCGAGUGCACCCUACUAUGGACUGUAGCGGUCGUUCAACCAGCAAUAUUGAACGCGAUUCUGAUCUGGGAGACGAUUUGUCACAUGGUGAUCGAACGGACGACGAGAUGCGCGACUGCGACUCCGUGGACGGGGAGCACCAUCAGCUGAGCGCCAAAGCGGCGAUCGCAGCCCGCUUGAGUCACACAGUUUCCGGCGGAGGAGGUGGAGGCGGCAGCUUCGCCAGUCCAGAGCCCCAGACCGAGUUGCCAUUGAGCCAUCACCACCAACUGCCGCCGAAUCAUCCGCUGAACGCUCUUGGCAGCUUCAUGGGCAUCGGAAGUCUACACAGCAUUCCAAAUCUGCAGCACAGCGACGUCCUCGAGAAGCUCAAGAUGCAGGUGCGCGACAUGAAGGUGGGCCUAAUGGAACAGGAUUACGCGGCUGCUGCUCAUGCUGCCGCCUUUGGGGCCAACAUGCUGCCCACGACGAUCAGCUCGGGCUUCCCGCUGCCCCACAAUUCGGUGGCUGCGGCGGCGGCGGCUGCCUCCUUUGGCCACGUGACCUCGGCGCCAAGUGGCGGAGGUAACAGCGGUGGCAGCUACAACGGUGGCACCACCACAACGCCCAGCUCCAACAGCAAUCCUGCCACAAAUGGUGGAGGCAACAGUGGACCCGGAGGAACUGGAGGAUCCGGCGGCGGAGGAGGAGGAGUGGGUGGUGGCCACCAGUUCUCGUUUGCAUCCCCCACAGCAGCGCCGAGCGGCAAGGAAGCCCGCCACUUUGCAGCCAAUUCCGCAUCGAACUCGUCGACGUCCAGCGAGGCAUCCAAUUCAUCGCAGCAGAAUAAUGGAUGGAGCUUUGAAGAGCAGUUCAAACAAGUCAGACAGCUCUAUGAAAUCAAUGACGACCCCAAGCGCAAAGAGUUCCUGGACGAUUUGUUCUCGUUUAUGCAAAAGCGCGGUACGCCGAUCAAUCGGCUGCCGAUAAUGGCCAAAUCGGUGCUGGAUCUCUACGAGCUGUACAAUUUGGUGAUAGCCCGCGGCGGUCUGGUGGAUGUUAUCAACAAGAAGCUGUGGCAGGAGAUCAUCAAGGGGCUGCAUCUGCCGUCGAGCAUCACCAGUGCCGCCUUCACCCUGCGCACCCAAUACAUGAAGUAUCUGUACCCGUACGAGUGCGAGAAGAAGAAUCUGAGCACGCCGGCGGAGCUGCAGGCGGCCAUCGAUGGCAAUCGCCGGGAAGGACGUCGCUCCAGCUACGGUCAAUACGAGGCCAUGCACAACCAGAUGCCCAUGACACCCAUUUCGCGACCCUCUCUGCCGGGUGGCAUGCAACAAAUGUCGCCGCUGGCUUUGGUCACCCAUGCCGCGGUGGCCAACAACCCGCAGGCCCAGGCUGCUGCCGCCGCUGCUGCAGCUCAUCAUCGCCUGAUGGGAGCACCGGCUUUUGGCCAAAUGCCGAAUCUGGUCAAGCAGGAGAUCGAGAGCCGGAUGAUGGAGUAUCUGCAGUUGAUUCAGGCCAAGAAGGACCAGGGCAUGCCGCCCGUUCUGGGAGCCACACAUCCGCACCAGCAGCACCAGCAACAGCAGCAGCAGCAUCAGCAGCAACAGCAACAGCAGCAACAUCAGCAGCAGCAGCAACAGGCGCAGCAGCAACACCACCUGCAGCAGCAACGCCAGCGGUCGCAGAGUCCGGAUUUGAGCAAGCACGAGGCGCUCAGUGCUCAGGUGGCAUUGUGGCACAUGUACCACAACAACAACAGCCCGCCGGGAUCGGCACACACCUCGCCGCAGCAACGCGAAGCCCUGAACCUGUCCGACUCGCCUCCGAAUCUGACAAAUAUAAAAAGGGAACGCGAAAGGGAACCCACGCCGGAGCCAGCGGAUCAGGACGACCAGCCCCACCAGCCGCCGCCAGCGAAGCGCGUGGGCAGUGGCCUCCUGCCGCCCGGCUUUCCCGCCAACUUCUACCUGAAUCCCCACAACAUGGCCGCCGUGGCAGCGGCAGCGGGAUUCCAUCAUCCAUCCAUGGGCCACCAGCAGGAUAACGCCUCCGAGGGCGAACCGGAGGACGACUAUGCCCACAAUGAGCACAACACCACGGGCAACUCGUCCUCGAUGCACGACGAAAACGAACCGCAGCAGAUGAAUGGACACCACCACCAUCACCACCACCAGAACCACCAUCUGGACAAGUCCGACGACUCGGCCAUCGAGAAUUCGCCCACCACCUCGACCACCACCACCGGUGGCUCGGUGGGUCAUCGCCACAGCUCGCCCGUCUCCACCAAGAAGAAGGGCGGCUCGAAGCCCCAGAGCGGCGCAAAGGAUCUGCCCGCCGAGGACAAGGGCUCCUCCGCCGGCAAACUCAAUCCUCUCGAGACGCUAAGCCUGUUAUCCGGCAUGCAGUUUCAAGUGGCAAGAAAUGGAACCGGCGAUAACGGCGAACCGCAGCUGAUUGUCAAUCUGGAGCUGAACGGCGUCAAGUACUCGGGUGUCCUGGUGGCCAACGUGCCGCUGUCGCAGGGCGGGACAAGGACGAGUUCGCCCUGUCAGGCUGAAGUGGCAAGGGCCCGAGAGGAGAACCACGACGAAGAGGACGACGACCAGGAGGACGAGGAUGGGGAGGAGGCGGAGCCGAAAGCUGCUGAGGAGGAGCCGCAUCGAUCGCCGGUGAAGCAGGAGGCGGAGGAUGCCGACCAGGAAAUGGAGGCCAGCGGGGCCCUCGUAAACGGAGGCGGUGGCUCAUCGGCAUCGGUGGGUGGUGGUGGUGUUGGGGGUGGUGCUGCUGCUGCGAGUGUGGGUAUCCCCCUGCUCAAGGAUGCCGUGGUCAGCUAGAAAGGACAAUGAGGACAGCCGGCAAGGAAAAGGAAUACCAAAGUCAUAUUUUUCAGAAAAAUACAAAAGCAGUUCAACUCACCCACACACAAACAUACAAACACAAACACCAACAAGCAAACGGAUGCCGAACAUAAAUGUACAUACACACGCAUGCGGCAGGAGCAGAAAGGAGCUGAGGAGCACAGGAGCUCGAAGGACAAGAAAAGCGCAUUAGGCGCAUCCCGGCAUUCGAUGUUCUCCAUGCAGCACCUCCCUCCCUCCCAGAAACCCAGAUGAUGACCACCGCCGUCGCCAGUAGAAGAUCAUACAAAUAACACACACAUAAAUAUAUAUAAUAUCGAAAGUAUAUAUAGUGGGAUAAUGUGUGUGCUCUAUUUCCACAUUUGCAUAAAAGACAAGCCAGCGAGCGUGUAGUUAUCGAUAGCCAUUACUUACAUAAGCGAGUGCAUCACUUCGGAUACAUACAACCAAUACCCAUAUAUGGUAUAUAUUAUAUAUGAUAUAUGAUAUAUGAACUAGGCUACGAUUCCCCGAAAUCAAUUUGUUUUUAGCGUGAAAUCUGUUUUAUCCUACUACAAACUUCUCCUUCUAAAUCUUUUUUUGUGUUAGGCUGCAAAGCUUCUGUACAUAUCAAUCAAUACUUAGCUCGUAGAACCUAAAUAUAUAUAUUAUCGGAACGUAGUUGUAAGAACACAUUCACACUUCAGUACAGACACACAUACAUAUACAGACCGUUAUAACACACAUGCAUAUCCAUUAUGACCGCAUCGUAGACAUAUAUCUUAGACAUAAAGCCAACACAAGUAAUAAGCAUAAAUGUAUCUGUCGUAAAAUUAAAUAGCGCUUUUGGCACCCACACACACGACUCCCCCGCAAUUUCUAACUACUCCAAAGCCAAGCGGAAAGUGGCAAGCCACGACAAAUUGAUGAGCAUAUUCUAAGCAUAAGCGUUCAAUUUAUUGAAUAAUAAAUCUAUUUAAUUUUA